GAGCUGUCGCACGCUGCUCGUGCUUUGCUUAUCUACCCCAGGUGCUGCCGCCAUCGCUUCUUCUUCCUUUCAUCAUCUCAUCCAUAUCCAUCAUCUCUCUCCCCAUCCUUUGAAGUAUCGAUCUCGUCUGAUUCCAUCUAUUCAGACGGUCGAGGACAUCAAUUUGUCCAUUUGUUUUCUGUCUUUGAGUCGCAGGUAGACCAAACACAAGCUUUGUCGCUUCAGCUUCGUCAUUGCGCCUUUCGUCACCAUGAAGUCCGCUCUCACCCUCUCUAUGGCGGCUGUCGCCAGCGCUGCCUCCUUCAGCGUCGGCACCGUCCACGACAAGGCCGCUCCCAUCCUCAGCUCCAUCGAUGCCGAGACCAUCCCAGACUCGUACAUCAUCAAGUUCAAGGACCAUGUUGAUCAUGCCGCUGCCAGCGACCAUCACAUGUGGGUUCAGGACACACACAAGCAGGGCGAGACUGAGCGCCUCGAGCUGCGAAAGCGCUCCGUUCCUUUCACAGACAAGACCUUCUCUGGCUUGAAGCACACCUUUGACAUCGGUGAUGCCUUCAAGGGCUAUGCCGGCCACUUUGACGAGUCCAUGAUCGAGAAGGUCCGAAACCACCCUGACGUCGAGUUCAUUGAGCGAGACACUCUUGUCCACACCAUGGUCCCUGUUUCCCAGAACAUGAUCACUGAGGACAAGUGCGACGGCGAGACUGAGCGACAGGCUCCUUGGGGUCUUGCCCGUAUCUCCCACCGCAACACCCUCAACUUCGGUACCUUCAACAAGUACCUCUACUCUUCCGAUGGUGGUGAGGGUGUCGAUGCCUACAUUGUUGACACUGGUACCAACGUCGACCACGUUGACUUCGAGGGUCGUGCCCACUGGGGUAAGACCAUCCCCUCCGGCGAUGCCGAUGAGGAUGGCAACGGUCACGGUACUCACUGCUCCGGUACUGUCGCCGGUAAGAAGUACGGUGUUGCCAAGAAGGCCAACGUCUAUGCCGUCAAGGUCCUCCGAUCUAACGGCUCUGGAUCCAUGUCCGAUGUUGUCAAGGGUGUUGAGUUCGCUGCCACCAGCCAUCUCGAGCAGAAGAAGAAGGCCAAGGACGGCAAGCGCAAGGGUUUCAAGGGCUCCGUCGCCAACAUGUCUCUUGGUGGUGGUAAGACCCAGGCUCUCGAUGCUGCCGUCAACGCUGCUGUCCGCACUGGUAUUCACUUUGCUGUCGCCGCUGGCAACGACAACGCUGAUGCCUGUAACUACUCCCCCGCUGCCGCCUCUGAGCCCGUCACCGUCGGUGCCUCUGCUCUUGAUGACAGCCGUGCCUACUUCUCCAACUACGGAAAGUGCACUGACAUCUUCGCUCCCGGUCUGAACAUUCAGUCCACCUGGAUCGGCUCCAAGUACGCCGUCAACACCAUCUCUGGUACCUCCAUGGCCUCUCCCCACAUUGCUGGUCUCCUCGCCUACUACCUCUCUCUUCAGCCCGCUGAGGACUCCGAGUACGCCCUUGCCUCCAUCACCCCCAAGAAGCUCAAGGAGAACCUCAUCUCCGUCGCCACUGAGGAUGCUCUCUCCGACAUUCCCUCCGACACCCCCAACCUGCUCGCCUGGAACGGUGGUGGCUGCAGCGACUACAAGAAGAUUGUUGAGGCUGGUAGCUACAAGGUCAACAAGGCUGCUCCCUCUUCUCGCGUCGAGGAGAUCAAGCACGCUGUUGAGCAGGAGGUCAACCUCGUCUCUGGCAAGCUGACCACCGGUGCCAAGGAGCUUGGCUCCAAGGCCGAGAAGUUCUCCAAGAAGAUCCACGAGCUCGUCGAUGAGGAGCUUGAGGAGUUCCUUAAGGAGCUCAACCUGUAAGAUCUAUAAUCUUAUCACUGGGUGCAUUGGGUACACAUUAUGUUGGGAUUACGGAUUGCUAUGGGUCUUUUUGGUUUGGGUUACAUGACAUUGAUAGGGGCGCUUGCUCUUCUUGAUGACCAGUUGUCAUCACAUUGUGCGCUUGAAUGCAUGGGUUAGUCUAUGAGGCAGGCUAGAUUUAGGCUUGCUCAAUUACAAUACAUCUCCUUACUACAAGAUCAA